CUUUUGCAUUUGCACCUUUUGAAACAUUUCUUUAUUACAUUUCGUAAAGGAAAGAUUGAAAGACAAUGGCUUUAAAACGUAUUGGAAAAGAACUCAAAGAUCUCGAACGCGACCCUCCAUCUUCUUGCUCGGCCGGCCCUAUCAAUGAGGAGGAUCUAUUCCACUGGCAAGCAACUAUUAUGGGACCUGAGGAUAGUCCUUAUCAAGGUGGUGUAUUUUUUUUGUCUAUCCACUUCCCCACUGAUUACCCCUUCAAGCCUCCAAAGAUUAACUUCACCACUAAAAUCUAUCACCCCAAUAUCAACAGCAACGGUUCAAUUUGUCUUGAUAUCUUGAAGGACCAAUGGUCUCCUGCUUUAACCAUUUCCAAGGUUCUCUUGUCUGUUUGUUCAUUGCUUACCGACCCUAACCCUGAUGACCCACUUGUACCUGAACUCGCCCACAUUUACAAAACUGACCGUGCUCGCUACGAGGCUACAGCUAGAGAUUGGACUAGAAAAUAUGCUAGUAAGUUAAAUUUGGUCUGAAGAGCAAUUUUUGUUUUGACGGCUGAUCAUCUCCUUUUCGUAUUGUCUUUUUUAUAGUGUAAUUUAUAGCUCAAUAAAUCCAUCUCCCUUUUCGUUUGCUUCGCAUAACAUUUUACUGGAACACUAAAAACAUGAUUUAUACACAAAAUGUACGCC